AUGUUUGCUGUAGUGGCACAUUCGACUAGCGCCCGCUUAGCCAAGCCGAACGUCAUUCUGCUCUUUCAGCCACCACCACCUACUUUCUGCAGUGACCUGCUAUCCGCGACAAUGUCGAGCAGAGAGCCAAUGUGGUUUUGUCAUGAGUGCCACGCUGAGAUGAGACCACUCAUGGUUCCAGAUCCGCAUUGUGCAUCUUGCAAUGGUGCUUUUGUAGAAAAGCUGGAGAAUCCCGAUGAUGAUCCCCGAGCGUUCCAGCACGCGCACGAUGGAUUUGAUGACGAUGCUUUGCCUGAAAAUAUGGACGGUUUCUUGGCUGGUCUUCGUUCGCUCAUGCGUGGUCCUGGCGUCAAUCCGUCUUCAGGAUCUCCACAAGGAAUCCCUCCACUGGGUUCCACACGCUCUCAGCCAGGGAGUCCAACCGGGAGACGUGACCGAAUGGGCUUGGGAGAAGGUAGCGGGAUGACCAUACGAAUCCAGGGAUCCCCCGACGGUCGUGCUCAUGCAAUGUUCAUCAAUGGGUCAUCGCGCAGAGAUCAUGUCUCACCACUCUUUGGAGACUUCAUCUCAAGAGGUGGGGAGAGCCGAUCUAGUCGAGACGACCAAAACACUAUUCAUGGACCAUUGAUGGCACAAUAUCUUCUAGCGAUGCUUGGCAGUCGACCUGGACAGAAUGAUGACUCCUUGAAUGAUUUACUUGGCUCCAUGUUCGGCAUGCCUGGUGGUGCUGAGAAUGGCCGGUGGGGAGAUUACGUCUUCAACCAAGAAGGUGGCGCAUCUCUCCCUCUUUUCUCGACGAUGUCGUCGUUAACUAGAGUCGUAGCUUUGGAUCAGAUUAUCACUCAAAUUAUGGAGAGCUCGAAUGCCAGUGCUCCUGUAGCUGCGACAGAAGCAAUUAUGGAGAAUCUUCCGCGAAUAGUACUGGAAGCAGGAUCUCAAUUGCUGGAGAAGGAUUGCGCCGUCUGUAAAGAACAAUUCAAGUUAGAAACAGAAGAUCCUGACGAGCAGGUGGUAGUAACACUACCCUGCAAACACCCUUUUCACGAGGGCUGUAUCAUGCCGUGGUUGAAGUCUAGCGGGACGUGUCCGGUGUGCAGAUACCAACUGGUCCCACAACCUGAACAUCAUACACCGGGUCCUGGUGCGUCCGGCUCAGGAUCAGGCCGACCGUCGAGUCCCAACAACCCAAGACAGCGACCUUCAUCACCUGGUCGUGGAGCUCAAGGGGGGAGUGGCUUGUUCAAUUUAUUUGGCAUUGGUGCUGGAGGAGGUGGCUCCAACGGUGGUGCGACUCACACCACAAGGCGGCGUACCCAGGAUGCCAAUGACCCCGAGUCCCACAUUCCCGGCGGUUGGGGGGAUCACGUCGAUUAA